AUAAACCCACUUUUAGGCAACACCGCUUCCGGUACCCGAUCGGUGUCCACCGCUAGACGGCGACCGGAGUGUAUCCCUCUGGAGAUGUUCAGCCGUUGAGAUCGAAAGGACGAUGAUGAGUUCUAUUAAAUUCCAUCUAUCCCCAUCCGGGCUUAGUUCGACUUCAUCCCGAGCGCUCGCCGGAGGUUUCCAAUUUGUAUCCCUGCGACGGCAUCAGCAUAUCCGAUUUGCGGCCCUCUCGAUCGAAUCCGGCAAUAUAUCCUCUCCGGAGCAGUCCGAUCAGCCUCGCCUCACCUCCAGUAUUGGAUCUGCUCCUGUUCUACAACCCCCUCAAUCGGUCAUCAUCACUCCUGAGCACAUUACACUCCUCACUUUCUGCGCCUGCGCAGCAGCGAUUUCAACAACCUGGCUACUUUUCUCGACGACUCCAAAGCUUCUGGCCCUAAAGAGAUCCUCUUCAUCGCUUGAGAAGCUAAUGGAUGCAAUGGAGGAGGAGCUUCCUGAAACAAUGGCUGCAGUGCGGUUAUCUGGAAUGGAGAUCAUUGACCUGACAGCCGAGCUGAGUGAGCUCGGUCAGGAUGUAACAGAAGGCGUGAAACGAUCAACACGAGCUGGGCACUUGGCCGGGGAAAGGCUGCAGCAGUUGACACGGGGAGCGUCCCAAAUGCAACCAAAGGCAGAAGGAUCAGAAUUGGCUAGAAAUGUGAGGGGCAUAAGGGAAGGGAUUGUCAAAGGCCAUUCAAGCUUGAAAAUGCUUUUUACUCUUUUCCCAUACUUGGUUUCGGCCUUCAACUUCUUCACACUCCAAGCUAUGAGAAAAAGAACACGAAACACCUUCCCAAUCACAACUUGACGUACAACUUGACCCCGACACCGAGCUGGUACGUAGCUAGAAAAAGCAUAUGAAAGAGGUGCUAGAUAAAACCACGAAGUCGGGUAUAACCUAGUGGAUUGAGGAUGAGGAGGUUGCCCUAGCCGAGCCUAUAUUGACACCUCCGAGGAUCAAAAGAUCGGUUAGAUUGUCGAAAUCAAAUAUUCUCAGGAUGCGGGUUUAGAGUCAUUUCUUCGCGGUGAUGGGCUUGGGCGAGACAUGCAAGCAAAGCUUUUCAAGUUCGUCAAGAUGUUGAAUGAGCACAACAACCAAAGAAAGAGUGGCCACACCCCACAACAACGAGGUGGUAACAAACGUCGCCUUGAUGCAAUAUACUCGGGAAAGGAGUGCAAUUACACAUCUCAAGGCAUUGCAACUCAUGCGUACUUUCACAAAGUGGCAUCCUGUGUUCAAACUCCAAGUCUCAAAAUGCUCGAAGAUGAAUUCUUCAACCGAUGUUGUUCGGUACAUUCCUCCUCAAGAGUCCAAAUAAAUUUGAAUGACAAGUGAAUAAUACUUCAUGGCUCCCGUAUGUAGCCGGCCAUCCGGUCCUAACAACCAUAGAAAACGUUUUAUAACCUCGGGCACUAGCGACUUCGAUAAAAGGUUGGACAAGAU